CGGCGACUCUAGCGACAUUGCGCGCAUGAUCUCGCAUCCGUUUUUACUUGCAGGAAAAACGCGCCGAGCGAGCUCAGUAUCUAGUUGGCUUGGGCAAGCGCACGGACGUGUGGUACCCAAGUAGGCUGUGCACACUUGGAACGCUCGCCUAUCAGUACCUACUGUCGACUUCGCUCCUUCCGUUCGGUGCGAUACCCGCGAAAAGUCUUCAAUGAAAAUCCCGUCGAGCCGUGCGGAUUCCUGCUGAAUCGUCGCCGGUCACCGUUCCCCGUUCCCGUACUUGUCAGUACCGCGCGGGCACCCCGAGGAUUUGAGUGAACGAUUUUAUUUUUUUUUUUACAUUAUUUUGGUGCUACAGUGACAGAUAACAUGUAAAAGAGGAGUGACAAUUAAAUUAGAAAGUGCGAUACGCGUGUGCGUGUAUAUUUAAACUAUUAAAUUUUCGGACGCAAGUUUCGGCAAAGUGAAAGUGGCCCGUCGCAGUGAAAGUCAACCUAUUGUUAGUUUCAGACGGUUCGAACGCAACGAUGGAUUCACCCCAAAUGUACGAUAACCAACAGCACUCGCAGACCAACGGCGUGAUUAACAGCAAUGAGGCGAAAAAAACGGUCAUCAUGAACAACAACAACAACAACCUGACGACCCUAAACAACAACACGGGCAAUUCGAAGCAGACGGCCGCCCUGCUGAAGCAGCACCAGCUGCAGCAGUACCAGCAGCACGGCGAGCUGAGCGACCUCAACACACCGGAAAUAUCGCUCGAUCUGCAGGGCCUGAUCGACGACUCGCAGUUCAGCGACGGCCUCUUCACCGACAUCCUGCAGUCGCAGGGCAAGCACAUCCAGAACCUGCACUCGCGACAGGUGAUGGGCGUGCAGGGCUCGAACUACCCGAGGACGACGCUGGCGUACAUGCCGCAGCCCGUCCACAGUGGUGCUACGUACUCGGCCACCCAAAAUUCGAACAGUGACUCGAACAGUUCGGUCGGAAGUGACGUGCCGAGUAUCAAAGAGGAGCCCGUCGAUCCGGCGGAGUUCUCCAGACGGCAAUCAUGCAACGUGCUGCCCAACAGCUACAUGCCGGGUGCGGGCUACACGAACCCCGGCUCCACCUUCACCACCCUCAACCCCAGUCCGGCGAUACAUCACCAGCUGAACAUGAACGCGAUGAAGAACAAGUCGGUCAUGAUGAACAAUCACGUGGCGAGGAAGAGCAUGAAGCCCUGCGAUAAGAACAGCGAGGAGUACAGGAGGCGCAGGGAGAGGAACAACAUUGCGGUGAGGAAGAGCAGGGAAAAGGCGAAAGUCCGUACCAGGGAGACGGAGGAGAAAGUCAAGAUACUGCUGAAGGAAAACGAAAGACUGCAAAAGAAGAUCGAGCUGAUGACCGAGGAGCUGAACGUGCUGCGGAGUCUGUUUUCCAACGUGGGCGUGCUGCCCGAACACGUCCAUCGGGAGAUCAACAAGCACCUGGACACCUUUCAAAUGCAGCAGCAGCAACAGCAACAUAUGUCGGAAGACAACAGACAGAGGAUGAUGGAAAUGCACGACUACGGACCGUAGCAUCCAACGUUACCUUAACGUUAAGCCGUAGGCGUCAGGUAAUGAAAAAUCAAAACGAAUUCGAAGCUUUAAUCUUGUGAAAUUUUUGACAAUAAACCACUGUUUUGUUGUUGUUAUUGUUGCCUGUCGAAUGUUUUCUUAUUUUCUCGGAGAGUUACUUUAUUAUAUACGGAUCUUAAAGAUUCAGCUUUAGUAUAUUUACUAGAUCUCCUCUACCUUAAAGAGUAAUGACGUGUUCUGAACUAUUUAAUUUAUUUGUAAGUAAACGCAAUCGGGGCGUACGACGCCCAAAUCGCGGUCAUUUUCAUUUUUUUAGUUAUGCAACUAUGUGUUUUUUUUUUUUUUUUUGCUUUUUGGGUGAACAACGAGAUUGUUGCGAUUUGGCCGUUGGGCGCCCAGAAGUUUUGUUAACGGGUAUUAAAUGAUAAAUUAUAGUUUUAUUCCGUUCGAAUUUUGUGAUCAAUAAAAGUGUAUUUAAAAUACGAAUAUAUUUUUUAACCGAUGCAAUGAUGUACCUUCUUAAUUAUUAGUAAAUUAAUUGUAUUUUUAGGUAUAUUUUUUUAUGACAAAAAAUAUAUCGUUGUUGUAUCUUUAUUAUUUUAUUGUAAUAUAUUGUUAAAUUUAAGAUUAUUCUGUAUAUGUAUGUAUAGUGUAUUUGUAAAUCUUAAUAUAUAUUUCCAAAGAAAUACAAUUUUGUAUAGAUGUCUUAUAUUGUAAUGUUGUACAUUUUAUUUUAUACUACUUAAACAUGUUCUUGUUUUUAUUAUUUAAUAAAUACCUUGGAAUUAUAAA